AAAAGAAGUAAUUACAUCACAGAGCAAUCUCAGAGGCCUCUCAUGGAGCUAUUUUUGUCAGAGGCAAUGCAAGGAAGCAGAUUUUCUCUGCUAGAACAACACAAAUUAUAUUAUCAGUUCUCUAUCAACAUGAGGCAGAGAACAAGCAGAAAUUCAGCAGAGAGCUGCGAGGCGAAGAGUGAAAGCAAAGCUGCCUGCGAAGGAAAGGGAGAGGCUGUAGGCAAACUUUCUUCUAGCCGUUUUGUCUCCUCGCGGCUGCCUGUUUAGUGCGGUGGAAGUGUCUCACUCUUUUUCUGGCCCGGAAGAGUUGGGAAUUGCCAAGAGAGCCUGGAGCCUUCCCUGCUGAGGGCUGGAAGGCAGAACUUGCUCGGAAAUUACCUCUUCCCCAUCAAAAUAAGCAGGGAGCAUGUUGAUGGUCCUUGGAAGGAAAAUCUGUGAGACUUUUCUCAGAGAACCGAAGCCAUAACUGACCAGAAAAGAGAAUCCACAGUUUUUGUUUAAUUUGUUAAAAGACUCAAAUGGGCAGGAAGUACAAGAAGAAAACUUUUUAAAAGAAGUGGAAGAUAUUUUCUUUAAAGAAAUUGAACAGGAAUUUGUUUUGUCCUACGUGUUAGUCCUGAUGGAUACCAUAGAGACAGCAAAGCUUGAAGAGCAUAUGGAAGAACAGAACAAUGAAACAGCAAAUGGUUAUGUUCGACCUGCUCUCACUGUUAGUGAAGAAAGCAAAAAUGGCAGCAACAAAACAAAAGCUUUAUCCAAUGGUUUGCGAAAAGGUGCUAAGAAGUUCCCAGACUAUAUACAGAUUUCUAUGCCCACUGAUUCUAGGAACAAACUCCCAUUGGAAUGGUGGAAAACAGGUGUUGCUUUCGUGUAUGCUGUUUUCAACUUAAUUCUAACGACAGUCAUGAUCACAGUGGUACAUGAGAGGGUGCCUCCUAAGGAGCUCAGUCCUCCAUUACCUGAUAAAUUUUUUGAUUAUAUUGAUCGUGUGGAAUGGGCUUUUUCUGUAUCAGAAAUAAAUGGAAUUAUACUCGUUGGAUUAUGGAUAAUCCAGUGGCUGUUUCUCAGAUACAAAUCGAUAAUAGGACGUAGGUUCUUUUUCAUAAUCGGAACUUUGUACCUCUACCGCUGCAUUACUAUGUAUGUCACCACCUUACCUGUGCCUGGAAUGCACUUUCAGUGUGCUCCAAAGUUAAAUGGAGAUUCUCAAGCUAAAGUACAACGGAUACUACGACUAAUUUCCGGCGGUGGACUGUCUAUAACAGGUUCACACAUCUUAUGUGGAGAUUUCCUGUUCAGUGGUCAUACUGUAAUUCUAACGCUCACAUACCUGUUUAUCAAGGAAUAUUCUCCACGUCACUUCUGGUGGUAUCAUUUGAUAUGCUGGUGUAUGAGUGUUGCUGGAAUAAUCUGUAUUCUAGUUGGACAUGAACAUUAUACAGUAGAUGUUGUCAUUGCUUACUACAUAACCACAAGGCUCUUCUGGUGGUAUCAUACAAUGGCUAAUGAAAAGAACUUGAAAAUUUCAUCACAGACUAAUUUCCUGUCUCGAGCGUGGUGGUAUCCAAUAUUCAAUUUCUUUGAGAAAAAUAUCCAAGGUUCAGUUCCUUGUUGUUUUUCAUGGCCAAUAUCUUGGCCCCCUAGUUGUUUCAAGUCUUCAUGUAAAAAAUAUUCCCGGGUUCAAAAAACAGGAGAGGACAAUGAAAAAUCGACCUGAAGAGAAUGAAGGCAAGAAAAUGGAUUGACUCUUUUGUUCUACCAAAACAUUGUGCUAUAACCAAAGCUCUUAAGAUGACUAGAUUGUUAACUGAAGAAGUGGACCAAACUUUGUGCAAUUGAUCUAAGAAAAGACAAUUGUAGACACACACAAAGUAAUUAUCCCUUAGUAUGUUUUUAUAAUCAUAUUGUUCAGUUCUAUCCCACCCCCAGAUGUCAGUAGACACUGGUACUCAGUGGACAUUCUGGUGCCAAAACAAUACUUCCUAAGAAGAGAAGCCAGGAUGUGGUUUCCUAAUGAGAUUAAGAGGUGCCAAAGAACACAUCACACCAUCUGUUCAUAAAUAUCACUUAUCCACAGAAGCACCGAAACAAAAUAACAGCUUCAGAUUUCUGGAGCCUGUUUAGCAAAACCAUCAUAAAUGAUACAGGGCACAGUAGUGGUGUCUCUAAGUAUAUAUUGGAGAGAAAUUAGCAAGCAGUGGUUGUAUUAUCCUCACUAGUGACAACAAGAUCUGUGAUAUAUGACUAAUGAAACCAGAAGUGAGCCUUGAUCUUUUUAUACUCUCUUUUAUGGGAAUGAAUGAAUACAUUAUGACCAAGUAAUUCCACCACAGAUUCCAUAUACUCUGCUCUGUAUUGACUUUUACAUUUUUUUAAAAAUAAGUGGUUAUUUUAUAUAUGAAAAUAAAACCUAUUUUACCUGAUGAUGCUGAAGGUUAGAAAUAAUGUCUACUAAUGUCAUCAGAGUUCUGCAAGAGGAAAACUAAUUUAUUAUUAAAAUAUAUGUUAAGUCAAGAAAACUUUAAAAUUCUGCUGGUCAGUUAGCUUGCAUAAAUGUGUGGUGCAUGUGCAUAAUAUAUUUUGAGCCUGUCCACUUUGCUGUGAAUGCUCAAAAUUUGGAAGGGCUGAAGUCACGGGAGAAUGUUGGCGAUUGUUCAGAUAACAACUAAAAAUACAGCCCACUGGUUAGAAUUCACAUGUGUAACACAAUAGUUUUGAAUGAGUUGUAUCCUCUUAGUUUCCCUCAGCUCUCAACAAAGGACUUUGGAGGCACUGUAGCCCCCUUCCCAAAUCUGUUGCAAGAAGGGUCAAGUGAAUGUUUGCAAUAGCUUAAUAUGUGGAAUGGGGAACUUAAGGAGAAAGGAAAAACCAUCCUUUCUCCCUGUUUUCCUGAUGAGUACCUCCGAGAACUCAAAUUGCCUUUUUAUCACAGAACCGAAGAGGCACAGUAAAAUGCAUUCCAUCCAAAAUUAAGGAAUUACAGUUAUGAAUGGCCAUUAACUGAUUGUUCUUGUGCAAUGGUGUUCCUAUACUUUUGGUCAUUAAUUGAAGGACUGUUGGCAUUCUCACGUGACUGUUGCUAUAAUGGAUAACACACAUGACCAAACAUUUACAUGCAUUAGCAAAUAAUAUGUUAAUUAAAAUGAGGCAUAAUGGCAACAUUUCCACGAAUCCCUCAGUUUGCUAGCUUCAGUCUUGUGUAAACAGGCUGCCCUAUUUUUGAAUACUUAACAAGAAAUGUUAACUAUUUUUGCUGAAUCUUUUGAACAUUGAGCGGGAUAUAAACAUUACUUUUGUUUUUUCUUGGCAUGGAUUUGUGUUGGUGUGCCAAGGUUAUUCACUGCAAUAAGUGUGAGGGGUUUUGUUUCACUAUUACCUAAUACUGUUAUUAUUAAAUGGUCAUGUGGCCAAUCUGCAAACGUUUUGAUUUCAGGGUGGUUUGUUUGGACGAAGUGUCUCAUUAUAUUAUAAAGUUAAUAUGUAGGAGCAUCCAAACUUUUUUAAAGCUGACAUGGCCCACUUCAUUUCUGUUUUAUACAGGAAUUAAACAGUGCCAUUAGCAUUAUAAUACCUAGCAGUUAAAUAUGCUGUAUUUUUCUUGUUACCAAAUGCUUUUAUUUUUUAAAAAAACUCAGUAAAAGCAACAUUCAGAAAAACAACUAUUUGAAUUUGCCUUACUCUAAUCUAUUACUGUAUUUUGUUAAAUAAUGGUUUGAAGGCUAAAAAUACAUUUCAAGAGUUAUGAUAAUUUGAAAAUUUGCUUUGAAAAUUUGGCUGAAAACUGAGAAUGGGGAUUUAGCUUUCAGAAAUCACUUUGACAACAGCAAAUUUUAAUACUGUACAUCAAUACUGCAACCUGAACACGAAAGUGUGACAAUCCAUUUGCGUUUCUUACUUUAUAGGUCAACCUUCUCUAGAAAAACUAUAAGAUGCAUGCUUGCGCUCAGGCCAGUUCUAGGCACAUUUGUACCUUUUUGUGCAUUAAUAGCUAAGCAGACCUUUAAAUACAGAAUGAGAUAUAGUGCCUGAUAAAUUGAAAAAAUUGAUUUUAAAACAUAACACUAAAGCACAAGUAUUUGUAUUUUUCCUUCAUUGAAAGUGGUGACCAUAGUCCAAAGAAAUGUAAUAGGAAGACAGAAAUAUGUACUAGGCACUAUUUUUAUACAACAGCUUCCUUUCUCAGAUCACCUUAAGUCCAGUCUGUGUAACAAAAUACAUGUAAAUGUGAAAAAGAGUCUAUGUCUGGCCUGGAACCAGUUUUCCUAUAACAAAGGUAUAGAAAGAAACAUGUUUGAAGCUGCCCCCAAGCUAGACAGAAACAUGGACAUUUCAAAAGCAUUGCAAGAUUAUGUUUGAAGGAAAAGACAUCCACACUUAUUUUAUGUUUUGCAUGAACACUGACCCAAUGGUACAAUUUCAGUAGACACUCAUGUAGCUUCUUACCUUAAGUCCUCGACGUGUUUCUUUAAACUUGAAAAAAAAAAAACAAUUCAGAGAUUUUGGUUUAAAAAGAUCUAAAAUACUAUCUGAAUUCAAGAGUACCAUCCAUGCUAUACAAAUACUCACUUGUCUUAUUGCAUUUUAUCUUCUGAAAGUUUCAGAGAAAGCUGGACCCAUUUAUAAGGUUUUUCACAAGGAAGUUAAUGAAACAUGAACUAACAGUUCUAUGGUAUUGUUUUUAAACAUUACUGAUUUUUAGAACUUACUUAGAUUGUUUCCAAGUUGAAAUAUAGAUACAUGGAGCGAAAUCUAAUUGCUAUCCCCAGCUAGAGUAGAUAUCGGUAGAAUUUACACAAAUGAUUUAUACAACAAUUAAUUUAAUAGGUCUGCUUUAGUUAGUACAAGCAGUUGAAUUUAGGUUUCAAUUUACCUUCCUUGUUUUAUUCCCUCUGUGGUAACUUUUACAUUUGCAAAUUUAUUUUUGAAAAGUCUGCAAGAACAGUUCUUGAAUAUGUUCAUUCUGGCUGGUUGGCUGCAUUAGACUACAUGGUCACAACUUAGGAAGGCCUAAUCUCUGAUAUUACAUUCCUAUCAAAUAUGUUCACAUUUUUCAGGAAAGCUUUUGAAAUUACAAAGUCCCUAAUUGAAAGUAAUCCUAAGGGAAAAGCAUAACAUGUGAACCCAAAACUUAAACAAACUACAUCUUACAUCUAUAAACAAGUUUUGAAAUAUUAAAAUUAUUUCUUAGUCUUACAAAGCUACCUUUAGCUAUCAAAGCAAAAGCAAGCCAUAAGCAAAGCUAGGAAAAAGCUUGUGAAUAUUAUGAAAAGGAUGUGCCUAAAAUCACAAAAAUAACCAUCAUAGGGAGAGAAGAUAAUGUUCCUAUAAAAGUAACAUGGAGCACAUUCAGAAUCACUUUCAUGGCCAUUACUUACUGUUUUCUCCUAGCUCUGUGACAUUUAUGUUGCCUUAAAUAUGCUUUACAUGCACUAAGUUUUUCACCCAUCAAGUACCAAUACAGAGGCCACUUGUCAAUCAUGUUUUGGUUUCUGUUCUUUUUUCCCAAAAACAUUUCUGUGUGAUUUGGUGAAGUACCUCAGAACACUUUUGAAAUAGUAUUGUUUGAAGUGCUAGAAAAUUGUUUUGGAAGACUGACUUCAAGAAGAAACAUGUAGAUCAAUUCAGUGUUACACAUAUCUAUACAGGCUUUUAACAGCUUGUUGAUAAAACUUAGCAGACCAAUCAUUGUAUAGUACGUAGUAAGCUUUUUCGCCACAAUUACUGAGGCUAAAUUUACAGAAUAACCUUACAAAUACAGCUGAUUUGUAACAGGUAUCUUCACUAUGUUCAUAGAAAAAAAUAUAGAAUAAAUCAAGUAGAAUUUUUGCACAAUGUACCUAUUAACUCUUGUUGAAUGUAUGUGUCAUUGCAUUGUAGUUGAGCGCUGACUAGUUUAAUCUUUCAUGAUUAGAUUUGUUUAAAAGCCUUAUCUUUGUAUCUUUAUUCAUAUAUGCUUUCCAUUAGGAGAAAUUCAAUUGCCACAUUGCCUUCACAAUUGCUACUUUUUAUGUGUCUUUCUGGUUUGAUGGAGGAAGCAGAAUAAAGAUAUAUUAUGAAUA